AUGAAAUGUGACCGGAGACGAGCCUCUGUCCUGCGGCAGAGAACAGAGAGGAACCACACCAAUGACUGCACCAACUGCCCCCGCCUAAUUGACCGCCUCAGCCACCAACUGCCCCCGCCUCAGCCAAUAACUGCACCAACUGCCCCCGCCUCAGCCAAUAACUGCACCAACUUCCCCCGCCUAAUUCACCGCCUCAGCAACCAACUGCCCCCGCCUCAGCCAAUAACUGCACCAACUGCCCCCGCCUCAGCCAAUAACUGCACCAACUUCCCCCGCCUAAUUCACCGCCUCAGCAACCAACUGCCCCCGCCUCAGCCAAUAACUGCACCAACUGCCCCCGCCUCAGCCAAUGACUGCACCAACUGCCCCCGCCUAAUUCACCGCCUCAGCCACCAACUGCCCCCGCCUCAGCCAAUAACUGCACCAACUGCCCCCGCCUCAGCCAAUGACUGCACCAACUGCCCCCGCCUAAUUCACCGCCUCAGCCACCAACUGCCCCCGCCUCAGCCAAUAACUGCACCAACUGCCCCCGCCUCAGCCAAUAACUGCACCAACUUCCCCCGCCUAAUUCACCGCCUCAGCAACCAACUGCCCCCGCCUCAGCCAAUAACUGCACCAACUGCCCCCGCCUCAGCCAAUGACUGCACCAACUGCCCCCGCCUAAUUCACCGCCUCAGCCACCAACUGCCCCCGCCUCAGCCAAUAACUGCACCAACUGCCCCCGCCUCAGCCAAUAACUGCACCAACUGCCCCAGCUCAGCCACCAACUUCCCCCGCCUCAUUCACCGCCUCAGCCCCCAACUGCACCAACUGCCCCCCCUCAGCCAAUAA